AAGUCUUAAAGGCCCAGGAUCUAAGCGAUCCCGGAGGAGGCGGUGGCGGCUGCGUCCACCCAGAGAGGUGAUUCCGCGAAGCCCCAUGUAGGUUUCCAUUAAGCUUCUCUAAUGUCCACACCUUAGUCCCCGGUUCAUGGAGCCCACCAGAGACUUUCCACUGUUCGGGGGCGCCUUCUCUGCCAUCCUCCCUCCUGGGGCCAUUGAUGUGAGUGACCUCCGCCCGGUCCCGGACAACCAAGAAGUUUUCUGCCAUCCCGUGACCGACCAGAGUCUGAUCGUGGAACUUCUGGAGCUGCAGGCCCACGUGCUGGGCGAAGCGGCUGCGUUGUACCAUUUUGAAGAUGUUGGCGGGGUGCAGGGGGCUAGGUCUGUGCACGUGGAGUCUGUGCAGCCUCUCAGUUUGGAGACUUUAGCCCUGAGGGGCUGUUGUCAAGAUGCCUGGGUCCUCUCUGGCAAGCAACAGAUAGCUAAAGAAAACCAGCAGGUAGCAAAGGAUAUCACACUGCACCAGGCUUUGCUGCGGAUGCCCCAGUACCAGACUGAUCUCUUGCUCACAUUCAAUCAGCCCCCCUCUGACAACGGGUGUCUUGGCCCUGAAAAUCUGUCAUCUCCGCCCUGGAGCUUGAGUAACUUUGAACAAUUGGUGACCAGUUUGACCCUCCAUGAUCCAAACAUCUUUGGUCCUCACUAAAGACGCAUGCUGCCGCCGCUAAGGGACUUAGGGACCCAGUUCUGAGAAAAGGGAGAAAGAAAUUGGAUACCUGAGUUUCCUCUUCUUUCCUGGACAUAAACAUAAAACACCUCCUCUGCAGAAAUAAACUUGCUUUACCACCAACAUAA